AUGCCACCAAAACCGCGUCAAUCUCUACAAAACUUGGUGGAGCAAGAGGGGAGGAUCCAACUCGCAAUACAAGCUUUAAAAAAACGCGAAAUCUCAAGUGCUCGUCGAGCGGCAGAGGUUUUUAAUGUGCCACGCUCAACCCUCCGGGAUCGCCUUAAGGGACAUGGAUUUCAACCAGAACUUCGCAACCAUUCAUUUCGAUUAUCUGAAAAUCAGGAAGAGGCUUUAGUGAAGUGGAUUAUUGAUAGAGAUACGCGUGGAGUCGCUCCAAAAGUCUCUCACGUGCAGCAAAUGGCCUACCUUGUUCUCCAAGAAGGUUCUUCGACCCCCCCCAAGCCGCUUGGAAAGAACUGGGUCACAAGCUUUAUUAAGCGCCAUGAAAGCAUUAAAAGUCGAUUUGCGCGCAAGUACAACUGUCAGAGAGCUCUCUGCGAGGAUCCCAGGGCCAUGAGAGAAUGGUUUGACAACCUUAAAGCUCUGCGAGAGGAGAACGGCAUCCAGCUUGAAGAUAUCUACAACUUUGAUGAAACUGGCUUCGCUAUGGGACAAAUUGCAACUACGCGAGUUGUCACAAGGGCUGAGAUACUUGGUAAACCUUACAUUAUUCAACCAGGCCAGCGGGAAUGGGUUACUUCAAUCGAGUGCAUCGGGUCAACAGGUUUUGUUGUUCCGCCUUGCAUUAUUUUCAAAGGAAAGGUCCAUAUUGAGGGAUGGUUUGAAGAACUUGGUCUCCCAGCAGACUGGAGGAUUGAAUUAAGCGCGAAUGGUUGGACCACUGAUCAGAUAACUCUACGGUGGCUUGAAAAGUGCUUUAUUCCUUAUACAACUGAGCGGACAAUUGGGAGUCAUCGAUUACUAGUUUUGGACGGCCACGGCAGCCAUUUGACCCCGGAUUUCGACAAAGUCUGCAGAGAUAAUAAGAUUAUCUGUAUCUGUAUGCCUGCUCAUUCAUCGCACCUCCUUCAACCACUAGAUGUUGGUUGUUUUGGACCACUAAAGCGGGCCUAUGGAGGCCUGGUUGAAGCCAAGAUGCGCCUGGGGUUCCACCAUAUUGACAAGCAUGACUUCUUACAAGCAUAUCCAGAGGCGCGGCAGCGAGUUUUUACAAAGGCGAAUAUUCAGAGCGGCUUUCGAGCAACUGGAAUAGAGCCAUAUGAUCCUCAGGAAGUCCUUAAGCGCUUUAAUUAUACAAUAUCUACGCCGACCCCCCCUCCAAGCCAAGGAGGUGCCUCAACCAGCUCCUCUACUCUUGCCACGCCUUAUACAGCAAGACAACUACAUAAAAAAGCAUCCUCAGUCAAGAAGCUUCUUGAUAGAGGCACUUAUAUUCCUUCAACUCCGUCGAAACGCGCGAUAGAUGAGCUUAUAAAGGGCUGUGAACUGGCGAUUUACAACACUGCCUUCACCCUCAAGGAAUUGAACGAUCUCCGCGCAGAAAGUCAAGUUCAGCAACUAAAAAGAGGUCGAUCUAAGCGUCAAAUGGCCCCUGUACAAGGCCUCCAAGUACAAGAGGCAAGGGACUUGAUUACGUUGAGAAAUGAGCAAUCGAAUAAUAUAGAUGGUGGAGGUGGUGAGGCAAUCGAAACUACUCCGAUAACUUUAGCUCCACGAAAACGGGCUCCACCAACCUGUUCUGAGUGUAAUAUUCAGGGUCAUAUUAGAACUAGAUGUCCUAAUCGUCGCGCGACUUAG